AUGUUCGCUCAGGGGGUUACAACAGACUGCGAUUUGUACGAGGGCCAAUGGGUGAGGGACGCGUCACGCCGGCGCUUUGGAUAUGAGGAGUACAGAUGGCAGCCCGCAGGGUGCUCCCUGCCUGCCUUCAAUGCUGCUGACUUCCUCUCCAGGAUGCAACACCGCACCAUUGCAUUUGCAGGUGACUCUCUCAGCCAGCAGCAGUUCCUCUCCCUCCUCUGCCUCCUCGCCCCCACCCCCCGCUUCAUCCCCCUCCCCUCCCCGCCUCCGCCGCACCUCCCCGUUCCCCCUACCUCCUCCCCUCUCUUCCAACCAUCCAACAAGCAGCCUCACUCCCUAAAUCCUGACCCAUCUCAGCCUGACACGUUUGGCACUGUUGCUGGAGCAGUCCACGCAGGAGAGGGCGCAGCAGAGGGCGCAGGGGAGGGCGCAGGGGAGGGCGCAGGGGAGGGCGCAGGAGAGGGCGCGGCAGAGGGCGCGGCAGAGGGCGCAGGAGAGGGCGCAGGGGAGGCAGGCGUGGCAGUGGUGGCUGUGGGGCAGCUGUUCGGGCUGUCGUGGGCCCGGAGGCCUGUGGCGGGCACGGAGAGGGGCGGCGCCUUCUGGUUCCCCCAUGCCAACCUCACCGUGCUACAGCGCACUGCCAACUGGCUCGUGCACGUGGAGCGCGUGGUGGACGGGGGGCACGCGGGAGACAGCAGGUGCGGGAACGAGGGCGGUGGGGAGAGUAGCAGUGCGGGGGAAAGUGGCACUUGGAGCAGUAGCAACAGCACGGACAGUGGGAGCCAUGGCAGUGGGAGUAGCAGCACACCAGCAGCAGCAGCAGCAGCAGCAGCAGGGGCGCAGUACAAGCGAGUGGGCCACAUGUAUCGCAUGGAUGAUUUCCUGUACCGGCACCUCAUGCGCUUCCACCUGCUUGUGCUCAGCACACGCCACCACUGGACCCACGACAGCUUCCAGCGCUACAAGCUCGCGCUCCAGCUGUCCCCCACCGCCCGCCCAGCCCUGCUCCCAGCAAUCCAAUCAGAAAACGCCACGCUGUACUCAGUCCUGCGGCGGCAGGCGUUGAUCACUGUCCUCCAUAACAUCACCUCCGCUAUAGUCACACUGCGAGCAGCAGCAGCCAGCAGCACGAGCAGCAGCAACGGCCAUGGGGGACACGAAGCAGGGUCGUAUCCUACCGUGCUUGCAGGCAGCAACCAAGGCGUGUCAGUGCCUUCCAGUGACCACCGCAUGGCCACGGGUCCGCUUCCUCUGGUGCUGCUGCGCACGCUGUCCCCAGCGCACUUUGCCCAUGGCACGUGGAGCACAGGCGGGCGCUGCGAUGGGUUCGAGGACCCAUUGCCAGCAGAGGAAGCAUGUGCAGGCACUGGUCAGUGCAGGGACACAGCAGCCGAGGAUGCCACUCGUGCUGCAGCAGCGUUCCUGAAUGUCUCGUUUCUCUCUGCUCUACGGGCUGAUGCACAUGUGGCGUCGUUCUAUGCCUACCGCGAUGGAGGUAGGAGGACGCUUGUGCGAGACUGUGUGCAUUGGUGUCUGCCUGGUGUGCCCGACACGUGGAACGAGUUGCUGUACACUGAGAUUAUAAGAUCCGGGAAAUUCCCAGUAACAUAA